UUGGCUGUUUCAAUAACUAUUCUCCAAAUCAGGUUUGGAAGACUCAUCCUGUAUUAGCAGUAGUUUUUUGGAUGAUGAACAGACAGAUAAGUUGUGAGCAGACAGUUCUUUCCAUUUUGUUGAUUAUGGAUAUUUAAUGUUAAUAUUGUUUUACCAGCACUGUCCUUAACAGUCUUUUUUUAAAAUCUAUCCACAAUAGCAACUGAUAUUGUAUAGAGUAUGACAACUAUUGUGCAAUAUACAGACUUAGUUUAUCACAGAAUUGAUUAUUGAUUUAUUCUGACAGGAGAAAUCUUUUAAAUGUUGUGGUCUUGUGUGAACAAUACUAUCUUUCAGCCAUGUGUUGUCACACAAUGACUGCAGUCAGGAAGUACUGUACUUUAUGUUUUGUUAUUGAUAAUGCACAUGUCAUGUGGUGAUGCUGACCGUUCAAUGUCGUGCAACUCCACGGAGUCCUUACACCACAACGGAUGUAUACAUUUGAGGAACAAAUUUUAUGCAAGUAUUGACACGUUAACUGCAGAACAAAACAUUUACUGCCUCAUGGAGCGGCACUAUGUGCAGUCAGCUCCCAUUCUGAAACAAAAACAGUUUGGUCAUAUAAUCAUUUGUCAUCGCAUUUUUUUCGACAAUAAACGAAUAGCAAAUACUGAAAAUGACCAAAAAAAAAAAAAAAGGAAAUAGUUACUUUAUUCCAACAAUCUGGUUUGUAAGGAUUGUUUUGUUUUUAUUUAUCCUGUCUGUAAAGCCUGUGCACGCUGUCUCCAUUCUGCGUUAUUUGAGCGCAUCCACCACGUUCAAAAGGCUCCAAGACGUAAAUAUCACGCGGAUCAGAAUCUGGCCAGCAACAUUUCUCCGCUCGCGCUUUUAAAUUUUUGUAUUAUUUUCACACUGUAACUGUGAAAUGCUGCGUCUUAAUUUGUCUGCUUUUUUGAAGAACGGUUUGAACACACACACACACAUAUAUGGAGUGUUAUUUCGGUCUGUCAGCUGACCGCGCUUGUGAUUUUAACUUGAACCGGGAAGUUCAGGGCCGUUCAUAGUGUUAAGAACAUAAAAUCCUGUUUUUACAAGUAAAACCACGAGAUUCAAGUACUGUAGUAUCAGACAUGAACCAUGUGGAACAAGUCUGGACCUACUUAUAUAUUUUUGUGCGUUUUCAUAGCACUUCUCACAGUGUUUCUAUCCAGCGGGAGGGCUCACAGGUUUGGAGAGUAUGAGUUAGUUCUGGACGGGACAUGGCGGUUACAGAACUCUAAUGGUUCCGUGUCACUCCAGGCACAAGUACCCGGAUGUGUCCAUACAACACUGCAGCAACAGCAGCUUAUUGAGGAUCCAUACUAUCGGUUUAAUGACCUGGUCUACAGAUGGAUCUCUCUAGAUAACUGGACGUACACCACUUCGUUCACUGUGCCUGUCUAUGUCAAAGAGAGUAGGAGAGCUGUUCUCAUAUUUGAAGGUGUGGACACAAUCUCCACUAUAUCUCUAAAUGGAGUCGUCAUCGGAAAGACAGACAACAUGUUCCGGAGAUACGACUUUGAGGUUGCAGGACUACUUAAGGAAGUUAAUGUUCUGGAAGUGUGGCUCAUGUCAGCCGUGACCUACGCAGCAGAGCGAAGUCAAGCCCACACUUCAUACAAAGUCCCCCCAGAAUGUCCUCCUGAUGUACAGAAAGGAGAGUGUCAUGUAAACUUUAUUCGAAAGGCACAGAGCUCAUUUAGUUGGGAUUGGGGGCCAUCUUUCCCCACUCUUGGCAUCUGGAAGGGUGUUCGUCUACAAUCAUUUAAUACCCUUAGGCUGUUGAGCUUUAUCGCCAAUCCAAAAUAUGACUCUGUCCUGUCAUGCUGGACUGUGGAAGUAGAGUUGUUCUUUGAUGUUACUGUAGCCUCAGUGGGUGUUGUCCAUGUGUCUGUGCCACAGUUACAGUCAGAGGCGAAAUUUCCUCUUUCUCUUACACCUGAACAAAGUAACACAUCCGUACUCCUUCAGAUCAACCAGAGUGUUACAGUGGAUCUGUGGUGGCCCUUUGGACAUGGACAACAACCUCUGAAGGAUCUUUUAAUAGAUAUCAUCAUGGACAGUGGAGAGACAUUUCAUGCAGAGAGACUGGUUGGUUUCCGUACUGUGGAGUUGGUACAGGAACCUAUUCCUGCUUCUCCUGGCCUCAGCUUCUACUUCCGUAUCAAUGGGCAACCCAUCUUCCUGAAGGGCUCAAACUGGAUCCCGGCUCAUGCCUUCCAGGACCAGAUUACUGCAGUCAAUUUGACUCAAUUGCUCGUGUCUGCACAGAUGGCAAACAUGAAUGUUUUGAGAGUGUGGGGAGGUGGAAUCUAUGAACAAGAUCUCUUCUAUAUUCUGUGCGAUCAGCUAGGCAUCAUGGUUUGGCAAGACUUCAUGUUUGCAUGCGCUCUAUAUCCUACAGACCAAGAUUUUAUUGCGUCGGUGCGAGAGGAGGUCAUUCAACAGGUAAGACGGCUGAAGUCGCACCCGUCUGUGGUCAUCUGGAGCGGAAACAACGAGAACGAGGCAGCUAUAGCAAACAAUUGGUUCUUUAUUCCUCCUGCUGAGAAGCCUCGCUAUGUGAAGGACUACGUUCAACUGUAUGUGCAGAAUAUCAGAGAGAUUGUACUGCAGGAGGAUAACACAAGACCUUUCCUGGUGUCUAGCCCAACCAAUGGUGUGGAAUCUGAGGAAGAAGGCUGGGUGGCCCAGGACCCUUAUGACACUCAUUAUGGAGACGUCCACUUCUAUAGCUACCUCACUGACUGUUGGAACUGGACGAAAUUUCCCCGCGCCCGCUUCGCCUCUGAGUACGGCUUUCAGUCCUGGCCCUCACUGUCCACCCUCAGUAAGGUGUCAGUCGCUACAGACCAAGAUUUCAACAGCGAGUUCUCACAACAUCGACAGCACCAUGAGUCUGGAAAUCUGCAGAUGCUUCAGCAAGCAUCCCUACAUUACAUCCUUCCCAACAACACAGACCUCAGGCAAAGAUUCCAAGACACUAUAUAUAUCACCCAGGUCAUGCAGGCACAGUGUGUAAAAGCGCAGACAGAAUUCUACCGCCGCAGUCAGAGUGACAUUGUUGACGGUAAAGGGCACACCAUGGGUACCCUCUACUGGCAGCUGAAUGAUAUUUGGCAGGCACCCUCCUGGUCAUCUAUAGAGUUUGGUGGAAAAUGGAAAAUGCUGCACUAUCUGGCUGUGCAUUUCUUCAGUCCUCUCAUAUCAGUGGGGGUUGAGGAUAAAGGAGACUUGCUGAUCUAUGCUGUCUCUGAUAGGAACAAAGAUUACACUCUGAAAGUUACUGUGAAAUUAUACCAGUGGAGCAGUUUUACUCCACAGUGUUCUCUGGAGUCGGAUCAGACAGUGGUGAAAGGGGGUGGGGUCACAAAGGUGUUUCAGUCUCCAGUCUCAACGGUGCUAAAGAAUUGUGGAAAUUGCACUCGAAAAUCAUGCGUAGUCACCUUUGUCCUCAGUGGCCCAGAAGGUGUAACGAGUCCCUCCAACCACCUGUUCCUCAGCUCACCAAAAGAUGCUGAGGGCCUCCAAAAACCCAACAUCACGUUCAGUGUGGAGGAUACUGGGAGGAAGAUCAUGGUGAAUCUCUACUGCUCAUCACCUGCACUGUUUGUAUGGCUGGAUGUGGACGAUAUUCCUGGCUUCUUUGAUGCUAAUGGUUUCUUGAUGAUAUCUGAGAAAUACACUGUUUAUUUCACAAAAUGGGGAGCCACCACCAUUCAGGAGUUCACUACCAAGCUGCACAUUACUUCCCUCCGAGACAUCUACUGAGAGUGUGUUGUGUUGGUGUGAGUGAGCAGACAUGUACGCAGUGUGUUUACCAUUCUUCAUUUUGAAUGCAGUGUUUCUGUACUCUGUACGGUGGUACAGUGGGUAGUGUUGCCACCGCACAGCUCUAGGGUCCCUGGUUCGAACGUGAGCUUGGGCUACUGUCUGUGUGGAGUUUCAAAUGCUCUCCUGUGUCCAUGUGGAUUUCCUCCAGGUUCUCUGAUUUUCUCCCACCACCCAAAAAUAUGCCACUAUAAAAUGGUGUGAAUGAGUGUGUGAAUGUGUGUGUGCAUAUCCAUUGUGAUAGAUGGGUGUCUCAUUCGUGGUUUGUUGCAGUCUUGCGCACACUGUAAAAAAAAUUUACUGUAAAUUUUACAGCAAUUUAUUGCCAACAGGGUUGCCAAUAAAGGACUGUAAAAAAUGAGAAUAAACAACUGUAAACAUAUGUACAGUAACUUACUGUAAAAUCUUACAUAGUAUAAAAUAACACAUAACUCAGUAUAUUUGCUCAUUUGGCUGAUGCUGAAGCUAGUCGAGGUGUUUCAGUGGGGAAGGCUUUGAGUUGCAGAUUGGAAAGUUGUGUGGUCAUAUCUCAGCAAAAAUGAGCUGCUAUGCAUGUGUCCUUGAGCAAGACCUUUCAGCUCAGUUGUAAGGUUGUUAUUAUUAUUAUUAUUAUUAUUAUUGUAAAGCAUCAGCCAAAUGAGCAAAUGUGCCGGGUUGUGUGUUAUUUUACACAAUGUAAGAUAUUACAGUACUUUACUGUAAAUAUAUUUACUGUUGUUUAUUGUAAUUUUUUACAGUACUUUAUUGGCAACCCUGCUGUCUAUAAAUUACUGUAAAAUUUACAGUCAGUUUUUUUUUCCACAGUACAAUCUUGAGUGUUCCUGGGAUGAGCUCUGGAUCCACUGAUGAUGAAUGAAUGAUUCUUUUUUUUUUUUUUUUUUUCUUUCAAAAAAAAUUCAAGGAUUCUAGCUUCCUAAAGAGGUACUUGUAACUUGAAGUUUUUUAAUAGGUUACAAUUCAAAAAUCAAAGAAUAUCUGUAUAUCUGUUUUGUUAUGCUUUGUAUGUCCUCAACAAAAAAAAAAAUAAAAAGAAAAA